AUGCUGCAGUGUACACCAGCGUGCUGUGCUGCAGUGUACACCAGCGUGCUGUGCCGCAGUACACACCAGCGUGCUGUGCCGCAGUACACACCAGCGUGUUGUGCCACAGUGUACACCAGCGUGCUGUGCCGCAGUGUACACCAGCGUGCUGUGCCGCAGUACACACCAGCGUGUUGUGCCGCAGUGUACACCAGCGUGCUGUGCCGCAGUACACACCAGCGUGCUGUGCCGCAGUACACACCAGCGUGUUGUGCCACAGUGUACACCAGCGUACACCAGCGUGCUGUGCCGCAGUGUACACCAGCGUGCUGUGCCGCAGUACACACCAGCGCGCUGUGCCGCAGUGUACACCAGCGCGCUGUGCCGCAGUGUACACCAGCGCGCUGUGCCGCAGUACACACCAGCGUGCUGUGCCGCAGUACACACCAGCGUGCUGUGCCACAGUGUACACCAGCGUGCUGUGCCGCAGUACACACCAGCGUGCUGUGCCGCAGUGUACACCAGCGUGCUGUGCCGCAGUGUACACCAGCGUGCUGUGCCGCAGUACACACCAGCGUGCUGUGCCGCAGUGUACACCAGCGUGCUGUGCCGCAGUACACACCAGCGUGCUGUGCCGCAGUGUACACCAGCGUGCUGUGCCGCAGUACACACCAGCGUGCUGUGCCGCAGUGUACACCAGCGUGCUGUGCCGCAGUACACACCAGCGUGCUGUGCCGCAGUACACACCAGCGUGCUGUGCCGCAGUACACACCAGCGUGCUGUGCCGCAGUACACACCAGCGUGCUGUGCUGCAGUACACACCAGCGUGCUGUGCCGCAGUACACACCAGCGUGCUGUGCCACAGUGUACACCAGCGUGCUGUGCCGCAGUACACACCAGCGUGCUGUGCCGCAGUACACACCAGCGUGCUGUGCCGCAGUACACACCAGCGUGCUGUGCCGCAGUACACACCAGCGUGCUGUGCCGCAGUACACACCAGCGUGCUGUGCCGCAGUACACACCAGCGUGCUGUGCUGCAGUGUACACCAGCGUGCUGUGCCGCAGUACACAACAGCAUGCUGUGCCGCAGUGUACACCAGCGUGCUGUGCCGCCCACCCUCAAAGCUUUUUAAUUCGGUUUACAAAACAGAAAAGCAGGGGACAGAGACACACGGAAACAAAGGGCUGCAGCAAGAGUGGUCCUCAGCUUGA